AUGCUAACGUGGGCAGGAGUUGAGUAUGAUGAAGAUGAUGWAGACUUUUUUGCCCCUGCAGUGACAAAAGAGACAAUGGACGACAGCAGCCAUGACGACAACAGCCAUGAUCGCCAAGAACACUCUACCCUGGAUAAUGAAUUUGAAUUGCCUGAUACCAGCGUGUCCUGUGUUCACAACCAGAACUGCAUUUUACCAUGUCGGAUCAAAGAAAGGAUUGACUCCAUAUAUUGGUGGUAUGGAAGUCGACAGUCUCCGAUUGUACAGUGUUACCGUGGUAACUUCAGCUACUCUGAGAGCUUCAGAUCCAGAGCGUCUCUGUUUGAGGAUCAGAUCUCCAGAGGAAACGGCGAUCUGCUGCUGAGAGGAGUGAAGGUUGAUGAUGAGGGCAGUUAUAGGUGUCAUCCAUUUAUAAAUGAGCCGCACAGUGGUCUGGAAACAGCUCGACGUACAGGAGUAGUUCCACCUCGCACAUAUUAUAUAUUUGUUGUUCACCUUGCAGUAGAAGCUCCAGUCUCUGACAUCAGGAUCCAUCAGGAUGGAAACAGGAUCACCUGCAGCUCAGAGGGGAUCUACCCUCAACCUGAACUCACCUGGUCCACUGAGCCUCCAUCCAACACGGCUCUGAAUGAAACUACCAGGAUCCAUCAGACUGAAGAUCAGCUUUACGACAUCAGCAGCUCUUUGACGGGUCCAGAUAACGAGACGGAUCUGAUCUACAGCUGCAGCAUCAGAACCAGGAGGAACCAGAGGAGAACAACUUUAACUGAACCCGCCUCUGUGGGUUUCUCAGGUUCUCAGGUUACAAUCUGCUGCUCUUCCUUCAACAUUUCUGCCUCCAGUUUGGUCUGGAGGUUCAACCACAGUCAGAUCAUCCUGACCAAGACUGACAGAAACAUCUACAACGUCUCAGAGGACUGGAGGAAACAUGUGAGGAGUGUUUCAGCGUCCGGCAGCCUCACGUUACAGGAUCUGACCACAGAUCAGGAGGGAGUUUACAGCUGUGAGCUCAGUGAUGAUGAGGAGACGAUUAUAACUCACCUCUAUCUGAGGAGGACUGGAGAGAAUCUGGUGGUUUCUGAGCUCGUCAGACGGACGGUGGUUUGUGUUGUGGUUGCAGCAGCAGCAGCUGGAUUCAUGAGGCUCUACAAGAAGAAAAUGGAGGAAAGUGAAGCUCCGCAGCUUUAAACCUUUCAUUCAUUCAGACUGGUUUGGUGUUAAUUCUCACCAUGUUUUACCGUCAACAUGAUCCAUGAGCUUUGAUGUAGUUUUAUGUUCAUGUUUUUUUAAUUCUUUCCUUAUAUUUGCAUGUAUUUAAGAUUUUACUGUAUGUUUCAUGUUCUGCCCAGCAGGGGGCGCAGCUAAACAUUUAUUUUCUACCAGCUAAACUUUUUCAGAAUCUUUAUUGAUGCCACGAUCUUCAUUUCUGUUGGAAGAUUUUUACAUAAUGUUCUGUUAUUGUAUAAAUACUUUGUUCUUUAAAUAAAGCAACUAAGAUUUAAA